AUGGAAGCUCACCCAGAACAGUUUCUGACACGGCCGGGCGGCGUGAAGGUGUGCUACCAAACAUUUGGUCGCAGUGAAGCGACGCCAUUGCUGCUGCUCUCUGGUGGAGCGCAGUCAAUGUUGUGUUGGCACGACGACUUCAUUUCAAUGGUGGAUGAACAGCUGGGAGGCUCCUUCAUCAUCCGCUUCGACUACCGAGACACUGGCAGGUCUACCAAUUUCCCCCUCGGAGAAGCGGCUCACUAUUCCAUCAACGACUUGUGCGACGAUGCCGUCGCUAUUCUCGACGAACUGCGCAUCGAGUCCGCCAACCUCGCCGGGUUCAGUCUCGGGGGCGCCAUCGCAUGGAUGAUUGCUGCUCAGCACCCGCAGCGCGUGAAAAGCCUCUCUCUCUUCUCAUCAAGUCCCGUUGGCCCGUCGCCGUCUACCCAAGACGCCCUCCCGCAGUUGAACCCCGAGCUCGGCGCUCAGCUCGCAAAGGCGCCUAUUCCCAGCGAUUGGCAGAAUCAAGAGAUGGUCUUGGACUUUCUCAUGUUCUGUGUCGACUGUACUUCGUUUCGCAGGUACGAAGGCCGUGAGCGGGAGGACAUGUACCGGAGACAGGCCGCGGAGUUUGCGCGCAUCUCCAGGCAGGGCAAUAGUGUGCAGAGCAUUUUCAACCAGAGCGCGGCGGUAUCCGGACGCUGGCCAAGGGAAUUGCUAUGUAAUGUCAAGUGUCCCACCACCAUUGUGCAUGGCCGGGAGGAUCGGAAUAUUCCACUGGUGCACGCCGAUGUCUUGAAGGAGGAAAUCAAAGGGUCCAAAUUGGUUGUUGUUGAAAGCAUGGCGCACGAGAUGCCGAAGCGAGAAUGGUCUAGAUUUGUACGUGCAAUUGCUAGUACUUGUGUCUAG